UGGUGCUGGGGAGCCUGCAGUGGGUGAUGCAGUGGGAGCUGCCUGGUGGCUGCCUGGGGGCUGCCGUGGGAACGCCUGGCUCUCUGAGCAGAAAGUGACUGCAACUAACUCAGGGUUGGGACUACUUCUCGGAGGAUGCCCUGUGUGUCUCCAGUCGCUCCUCUCUGGCCUCGCUGCAGAAUAUCUGGAGUUGCUUGCCCCCGGGGGGGCACAGAGGCAUAGGCCUCCAGAGGGUUAAGAGCAUCUGUCUUUCGCCGAGUGUUGGAGCAGGAAAUAAUCUGCAGGGAUACAUGUGCAGCAAUUCAACUGCUGCUGCUCUGCCAGGCUGCCACUGCUGCAGUUGGUGUGUGAGAGAAGCUGCCGCUCACAGAAGAUGCUUUCUUGGUGUGUCCGAAGCACCAGGCAUGGCAGCAGAGCACCGGCUGCCUGAGCUGGGUUAAAUGUCUCCAUCCAACAGGAAUUAUAUUGACCUGCUGGCUCUGUCAGCUCACUGAGAUUUGCCCAGCUUUGGUGGCCCCGUGGAUCAGAAGCUGAGCAGAGGAAGGUCUCCCUGGCAUUUUUGAGUCUCCUCCCUGUGAGCAGUUCAGCUUGGUGCCACCCACAAGUGCAGAGUGCUUCAAAAAGAGCCCAUCACAGGCAAUGCCAGCAAGACCCUGAGUCACAGACGGACCAAACAUUCCCAGCCCAUCGCCGUGCGCUGCCCUCAAAUCCUCUUGGGAGCAGCUACCACAGGGGCUGAACUUUCCUGUUUCCUACUCUGCUGCUCAGGACCUUUUCCCAAAGGCUGAUGGAAACCUUCAUCUAGGUGGCACUGUGUGGGAGUGAGACACUUGCCCAGCUCCCUGGCAGCCUCACCCUGCUUCGGUCCCUGCCAGCAGCGCUGUGUCACCACGCACCAGAUGUGCAGGCGGCUGCAAAGAGCUUCCCUCCUUGAGCACAGGUGCUCUCUUCCAAGCAAAAAAAUGGUGGGCCUGGAAACCAGCUGGAGAUUGAAAAGUCUCCUUUCCCUCGAGGUUGCUGGUCAGUGCUCAACUUCCACCACACCCAUGGAAACUAGAAGAGCUCCAUGAUAACUUCUGUAAGGUUUGUUUCACUAUGGAAGACCAAAUGAUUUUCUGGCUCAGGUGUUGUGAAGUUCGGCUUCUGCCUUGGACCUGCACUUUGGAAAAGGGAUCAACUCUGAGGCACGGUUGAGAGACAGCAAAACCAGUCCCAGAUGAUGAGCACUUUAAGUAGCACUGGAAUAUUACUCAGCUUAACAACAGUGUCUGUUACGCUGGAUUUUAGUUUGCAUGGUGGUCUGAUGGCUUGGUCCUUAAGCAGCAAUUUGACUCUGAAUCAGAGCUGGCCUACGUCUGAUCCUCUCAAUGCCUCUGAGAAGGGUGAAGUCUCUCGGAUGUCCGUGAGGGAAAAGAACUGGCCUGCCCUCCUGAUCUUGGUUGUCAUUCUGCUGACCAUUGGGGGAAAUAUAUUGGUAAUUAUGGCUGUGUCCUUGGAGAAGAAGUUGCAGAAUGCCACUAACUUCUUCCUGAUGUCCCUGGCAGUGGCAGACAUGCUGGUGGGUAUCCUGGUCAUGCCCGUGUCGCUCAUUACAGUCCUGUACGAUUAUGCUUGGCCUUUGCCUAAACAGUUGUGCCCCAUAUGGAUUUCCCUAGAUGUGCUCUUUUCAACUGCAUCUAUUAUGCACCUCUGUGCCAUCUCUCUUGAUCGGUACGUAGCAAUACGCAAUCCCAUUGAGCACAGCCGCUUCAAUUCCCGCACCAAGGCCAUUAUGAAAAUUGCUGCAGUUUGGACCAUAUCCAUAGGGAUAUCCAUGCCCAUUCCAGUCAUUGGUUUGCAGGAUGACUCCAGGGUGUUUGUGAAUGGGACCUGUGUCCUCAACGAUGAGAAUUUUGUCCUCAUUGGAUCCUUCAUGGCAUUCUUCAUCCCUCUCAUCAUCAUGGUGAUCACAUACUGCCUGACUGUCCAGGUGCUGCAGAGACAGGCGACUGUGUUCAUGUGUGGAGAGGUGCCCAAGCAGAGGAGGAGCAGCGUAAACUGCCUCAAGAAGGAAAACAACACAGAGAACAUUUCAAUGCUUCACAAUCACGAGGGGGCAUCUCACUUGAACUCUCCUGUAAACAAGGAGGCAGUGCUUUUCCGGAAGGGAACUAUGCAGUCCAUCAACAACGAGCGAAGAGCCUCCAAGGUCCUGGGCAUCGUCUUCUUUUUGUUCCUCAUCAUGUGGUGCCCGUUUUUCAUCACUAACGUCAUGUCUGUCCUUUGCAAGGAAGCCUGUGACAAAGACCUCUUGAGUGAACUCCUGGAUGUGUUUGUUUGGGUGGGGUACGUUUGCUCUGGGAUUAACCCCCUGGUCUACACACUCUUCAAUAAAACGUACCGCAGGGCUUUUUCCAAUUACAUCCGUUGCCAGUACAAGACCAGUAAAAAAUCAGCCCUGCGGCAGAAUCAGUGUCUGAAUGUUGCUUCAACAGCUUUAUAUGGGAAAGAUCUGACUUUAACUAGUUACCGAAAUGGCAAUGAGUUCAAUAGCAUGGAACUCGAUGAAGCUGAGGAGGGCCUGGAAAUGCAACCGGGGACUUCAGAGCUCUCCAUCAACAGCUGUAACGUUGUAAGCGAAAGAGUGAGCUGUGUGUAAAGGUGUCUCACACAGCCUUUUGCUACUGUGUGUCUGUAGCCAAAAUAUAGUGUGUAAAAAUGUGUUUGGUCCAAGGACAAUGUAAAUAUUGCAUUCUGAACAAAGCUUUUUUUUUUUUUUUUAAGGAAAAAAAGAAAAGAAAGAAAAAAAAGAGUUGUCUUUCCAGUCCAGUACUUAAAAUAUAUAUUAAUAUACUGCAGUGAAGUUUAAGGUUCUAUAUUUACUGUUAAUACUAGAUCAGAACUAUUAGUUACUUUGCAUAUGUCAUGGACAAAAAUGUUUGAAUUCUUCUUCCAGUGCAUGAGCAAAAAUUCUGAAUAUUUAUCUCAGGUGGCAUUUGCUGGAGUCCAGAAUGGCACGUUAAUAGUUAUAUAUCAAAUACAUGCUAUUAGACUUGGUCAGUAUAACUUUUUAUUUUUCAAGUUGACAGUAAAUAUGUACUUUA